AUGGGUGGUGAAAUAAAGUUGUUCAAUGACUUGCCAGUGGAUAUUGAUGUGAAUUACCUUAAGAGCAUAGUAAACUCUUUGGGUUAUAGUAAUGUGAUCAAGCUUCACUAUUGUGAUCCCUUAAAGGAUAUUGAGACUGGUAUCAGAUUUUUAGAUUAUGAUAAUACCACAUUCACUACGUUUCGGAGUUUUUUGUUAAAUUAUAAAAUAGUUGAUGUUUGGACAGAACAUUUUGAUGGUGAUAAACAUGAUUCUGAUGAUGACACUGAAGGUAAUGGUCCAAUUAGGGGUGAUUGUCACUUCAACUUUGGUGACUCUCAGGUUGAUGGGAGUACUUGGGAAAGUCAGAUUGAUCGUAGUGAAGAAAGUGACAACAACAUUGAAGAUGAACAUGUCAUAUUAGAUGAACAAGUUGUUAAUUUGAAUGAUGACAUAGAUUUUGACGAAGAAGGUACUGAUAAUGAGGAUGAAGAAGUGCAAGAUGCUAGGAGUAAGAUCAAAGCUGAUAAAAAGAAAGAGCUCCAGUAUUAUAGAGAGGUGGAGUCAUUGGAUAGGUUAACGGCUCGGAGUGCAAUGAAUUCUAUAAAUGAGGACAGUGAUUACGAGGAUGAUUCUGAUCUCAAUAGUAUGCAAGUGAUCAACAAAGAAGCAAUAGAUCAACUUUAUCAAGUCGUCAAGAUGCAAAUGUUGGAUGUUGAAGUUAAAUUAUUGCCACUAAUCAGGUUGAAGAUUUUUUGCAGGUUGGAGAAUUUUGCAAGUUGGAGUAUUGCAUGGUGAAAGUUGAAGUUUUGAUGCAGUAGAGUAUAUGAAGCCAC